AUGCUCUGUAUUCUUGGUACUUGGAACAAGAGUGGGAGUGUUUCUGGAGUUCUGGCCCCGCUGGUGUACCUCCUGAGGGCAGCAGAUCCAGUGGACGUCCUUAAAGUGCUGCAGCUGCAGAGUCAGCCCCAGGGGGUGCGCAAAACGACGGGAUUCUGCCCCAAGAGGCGUUCGGGAACCGGGCCAGAUGUGGCCUACCGGAUAUCAAGACAGGCCCAGAUCAGUGCUCCGACACGGCAGCUUUUCCCAGGGGGUAAAUUCCCAGAGGACUUCUCCAUCAUGGCGCUGGUGAAACCCAAGUCCGGCCUGCAGGCCUUCUUGCUGUCCAUCUACAACCAGCACGGCAUCCAGCAGUUGGGGGUGGAGCUGGGCCGCUCCCCUGUCUUCCUCUACGAGGACCAGAACGGCCGCCCGGCCCCCGAGGACUACCCCAUCUUCCGAGGCGUCAACCUGGCCGAUGGCAAGUGGCAUCGAGUGGCGCUGAGCGUGAGCAAGAAGCAGGUGACCCUCUUCCUGGACUGCAAGAAGAAGAUGUCGCGGCCGCUGCCCCGGGGCAACCAGCCGCUCAUCGACACCCGCGGCAUCACCGUCUUCGGCACCCGUCUCCUGGAUGAGGAGGCCUUCGAGGGCGACAUCCAGCAGCUGCUGAUCUCCGCCAGCUCCCAGGCGGCCUACGACUACUGUGAGCACUACAGCCCCGACUGCGACGGGGUGGCCCAGAAGCCCCAAGCCCAGGAGGCCCAGCAGAGGGCCAGCAGGGCUCAGUAUUCUGAUGAGGACGCAGAAGACUAUUACGGGUACACCUACUAUUAUGGGCCUGGAAUGGACGGGACGGAUUCUCCCUCAGUGCCUCUGGGGGGAGCCAGUGAGCAGAAAGCGGCCAAGGCCAAGACCCCCGCCAAACCCAAACCGAAGCAGCCCCAGAAGCGCCAGUUGAUGGGCACGUCGCCCAGCUAUGCCAAGACGGGGACCAAAAACGGGAAGGACCCCGGUCACCCGAAGUAUCCCGGCAACGGGAAGUCCCCCAACAACGGGAAGUAUCCCGGCAACGGGAAGUCCCCCUCUGGCAAUGGGAAGUCCUACGGCGGGGGCGGCGGCGGCAGCUCCAAGGCAGCUUCGGCAGGGAAAUCCUCCGCCACGAAAAAUUCCCCGGGCAAAAGCGGGAACCAGGCCUACGCCGGCACUGGGGGAGUCCGGAGUCCGGGCAACAGCUACCAGCAGGAUGUGGGUCUGCAACCCACAGAGGAGCCCUGGGGGGUUCACGAAUACCCCGACUACACCCUCCCACCAGACGCCGAAGGCACCUACUGGGACGGGAGCCCCGCAGGGGAGGCGUCCUCUCCUGCACCCUCGUCGCCCCGGGGAGAGGAGGAAGUGUCUGGCCCCCGUCCCGCCGAGGAGGAGGUGUUCACAGAAGAGGAAGUGCCCGGAGUGGGGCUGGAGUAUGAAUACGGCCAGGCUCAUUACGGCGAGGGGGCAGAGCCAUCCGAGCUGGGUCCCGUGCUCUCAGCCGAGACCCCACACAGCGGAGGCGCAGUGCGAGGAGCCCGCGGCUACAAAGGAGAGAAGGGAGAGCCGGCCGUCAUCGAACCGGGGAUGUUGGUUGAAGGUCCCCCUGGCCCCGAAGGACCUCCGGGGAUCAGCGGUCCAUCAGGCACCCAGGGCCCACCCGGACCUCCCGGCGACCCUGGCGAGCGGGGCGCCCCUGGACGUUCCGGUCUCCCCGGCUCCGACGGUGUCCCUGGACCCCCCGGCACCUCCAUGAUGCUUCCGUUCCGCUUUGGGAGCAGCGGAGGGGAGAAGGGGCCGGCGGUGUCCGCCCAGGAAGCCCAAGCUCAGGCCAUCUUGCAGCAGGCCCGGCUGGCCUUGCGUGGCCCCCCAGGACCGAUGGGAUAUACUGGCCGUUCUGGGCCCUUGGGGCAACCCGGCAACCCCGGCAUAAAGGGUGAGGCUGGAGACUUUGGACCUCAGGGCCCGCGGGGGCCCGCAGGGCUGACCGGCCCACCAGGGAAAUCAGGCCGCCGGGGUCGAGCCGGAGCUGACGGGGGCCGGGGCAUGCCUGGGGAACAUGGCGUCAAGGGCGACCGCGGCUUCGACGGACUCCCGGGCCUGCCGGGGGAAAAGGGACAUCGGGGUGACUCCGGUGCGCAAGGCCUCCCUGGCCCCCACGGCGAAGACGGCGAGAGGGGAGACGACGGAGAUGUGGGACCACGUGGGCUUCCUGGAGAGCCGGGACCCCGUGGUUUGCUCGGCCCCAAAGGGCCCCCAGGAAUCGCAGGCCCACCGGGCGUGCGUGGCAUGGAUGGGCCGCACGGGCCAAAGGGGAACCUGGGGCCACAAGGGGAGCCAGGCCCCCCCGGUCAGCAGGGAACCCCAGGGACUCAGGGUCUGGCCGGACCGCAAGGCCCUAUGGGGCCUCCGGGGGAAAAGGGCCCCAAUGGGAAACCUGGCCUCCCCGGGAUGCCAGGCUCGGACGGACCCCCUGGCCACCCUGGAAAAGAGGGGCACCCUGGAACCAAAGGAAACCAGGGCCCGUCCGGUCCUCAAGGUACGAUUGGCUACCCAGGCCCUCGUGGUGCGAAGGUAAAGGAGGGAGAGCGUGGGAGAAAGGGGCACCGCAGCCCGAGAGGAGAAGAAGGAUUUCCUGGCUUCAAGGGGGACAUGGGGGUGAAAGGCGACCGGGGGGAAGUUGGUGUCCCGGGAUCCCGAGGCGAGGACGGCCCGGAGGGCCCCAAAGGUCGGACGGGCCCCCAUGGAGAUCCAGGCCCCCUUGGGCUUCUCGGAGAGAAGGGAAAGCUGGGAGUUCCCGGCCUGCCUGGCUACCCGGGGAGACAGGGUCCCAAGGGCUCGCAAGGUUUCCCUGGAUUCCCUGGGACAAACGGCGAGAAAGGCGGACGGGGUCUCUCUGGGAAGGCGGGCCCCCGAGGCGAACGUGGACCUACCGGCCCCAGAGGUCAGCGCGGGCCACGAGGAGCCACGGGGAAGCUCGGAGCGAAGGGCACCUCUGGCAGUGAAGGACCCGCGGGACCUCUCGGGGAGCGGGGUCUGCCGGGACCUCAAGGGCCAAACGGGUUCCCCGGACCGAAAGGACCCCCGGGUCCCCCCGGGAAGGACGGGCUGCCCGGCCACCCCGGACAGCGUGGAGAAGUUGGCUUUCAAGGCAAGACCGGCACCACUGGACCUCCGGGGGUGGUGGGACCCCAGGGACCGGCAGGAGAAACGGGACAGAUGGGGGAGAGAGGUCACCCGGGCCCACCAGGACCCCCCGGGGAGCAGGGCCUGCCUGGACCGUCCGGAAAAGAAGGCACGAAGGGGGAUCCCGGCCCUCCCGGGGGCCUUGGAAAGGACGGCCCAGCGGGACUGCGAGGCUUCCCUGGAGAACGCGGCCUGCCGGGGACUCCUGGCGGGGGUGGUUUGAAAGGCAACGAGGGACCCGCCGGACCCCCAGGACCUGCCGGGUCUCCGGGGGAGAGGGGGACACCUGGGUCUGGAGGCCCCAUCGGACCCCCGGGAAGGCCCGGGCCUCAAGGACCUCCUGGCCCUGCGGGGGAGAAGGGUGUGCCUGGCGAGAAAGGUCCCCUCGGCCCCGCCGGCCGUGACGGAGUCCAGGGUCCUGUCGGGCUGCCUGGUCCAGCCGGACCCCCGGGGGGCCCAGGUGAGGACGGCGACAAGGGCGAAGGGGGCGAUCCGGGACAGAAGGGAGCCAAGGGCGGCAAAGGGGAGCAUGGGCCACCCGGCCCUCCCGGCCCAUUGGGAGGCGUCGGGCAACCGGGAGCAGCAGGUGCUGACGGGGAGCCCGGAGCGAGAGGUCUCCAGGGCCACUUUGGGCCCAAAGGCGACGAGGGGACGCGAGGGUUCAACGGCCCCCCCGGGCCCAUCGGGUUGCAGGGUCUUCCGGGACCGUCUGGGGAAAAGGGCGAGACAGGAGACGUGGGGCCAAUGGGACCCCCCGGACCCCCGGGGCCACGAGGCCCAGCCGGACCUGCCGGUGCUGACGGUCCCCAAGGCCCCCCCGGAGGCCUGGGAAACCUGGGCCCCCCAGGGCAGAAGGGGGAGCCGGGGGAGCAAGGAGGACCGGGGGUCACUGGAGAGCCAGGCGGAAAGGGCCCGCGGGGUGAAAGAGGCGAGAAGGGGGAAGCAGGGGCAGCCGGCGUGCCUGGACCUCCGGGUGGGAAAGGCCCGACUGGGGAUGACGGACCCAAGGGAAACCCAGGUCCAGUCGGUUUCCCCGGAGAUCCAGGGCCCCCAGGGGAAAUGGGACCCCGGGGCCAGGACGGAGCCAAAGGCGAGCGGGGAGAAGACGGAGAACCAGGGGAGGCGGGUUCUCCGGGACCAACCGGUGAGAACGGUCCUCUUGGCCCUCAGGAGAAGAGGGGUCCUGCUGGCACGCCAGGUCCGGAGGGGCGCCAGGGGGAGAAAGGGGCCAAGGGAGAACCGGGUGCCCUGGGACCUUCAGGGAAGACGGGGCCGGUCGGGCCGCAGGGGACGCCUGGGAAACCUGGAACGGACGGGCUGAGAGGCAUCCCCGGAUCAGUGGGCGCACAAGGCAAACCAGGGGCCACGGGUCAGGCUGGCCCCCCGGGACCACUGGGCCCUCCCGGUUUGCCUGGACUGAGAGGCGACUCUGGACCCAAAGGAGAGAAGGGGCACCCUGGUCUCAUUGGCCUGAUCGGACCCCCGGGAGAGCAGGGAGAGAAGGGAGACCGGGGGCUACCUGGCCCCCAAGGCAACAAGGGGCCAAAAGGAGAGACCGGCAUUCCGGGCCCAACUGGCCCCCUCGGCCCAGGAGGGCCCCCCGGACUUCCAGGUCCAGCUGGCCCCCCAGGUCCCAAAGGAGCCACGGGUCAAGCAGGUCCCAAAGGUCAGCGUGGAUUUCCUGGACCCCCCGGACACCCGGGCCCCCCUGGCGAAGUGAUCCAGCCGCUGCCCAUCCAGAGGCCCAAGAAGAACAAGCGGUCCAUAGACGCCAGCCAGCUCCUCCCGGAGGUGGAGGAGGCGAUGGCCUCCGAUACGGCCGGCCGAUCGCCCUCGGAGGGCAUGGAGGAGAUCUACGGCUCCCUCAACUCCCUGCGGCAGGAAAUCGAGCAGAUGAGGAAGCCCCUGGGCACCCCGGAGAGCCCCGGCCGCACCUGCCAAGACCUGCAGCUCUGCCACCCGGACCUGCCCGAUGGCGAAUACUGGAUCGACCCCAACCAGGGCUGCUCGAGGGACUCCUUCAAGGUCUACUGUAACUUUACUGCAGGGGGCGAGACGUGCAUCUUCCCCAGCCGGGAAACUCAGGAGGUUAAGAUGUCCACAUGGGACAAGGAGACCCCCCAGAGUUGGUUCAGCCAGUUCCGGAAAGGCAGCAAGUUCUCCUACGUGGAUGCUGACGGCAACCCCCUGGGCAUUGUCCAGCUGACCUUCCUGCGGCUGCUCAGCGUCUCGGCCCGGCAGAACUUCACCUACCACUGCCAGCGCUCAGUGGCGUGGCACAGCCGUGGCCCGGCCCCCGGGGGCUACCAGCACGCCCUGCGCUUCCUGGGCGCCAACGAGGAGGACAUGAGCUACGACAACAGCCCCUACAUCAAGGCCAUGGUGGACGGCUGCGCGUUGCGGAAAGGGUCGGACAAGACCGUGCUGGAGGUGAACACGCCCCGUGUGGAACAGCUCCCCCUGCUGGACGUGCGGGUGACGGACUUUGGGGAGCCCAAUCAGCGGUUCGGAUUCGAAGUGGGGCCCGUGUGCUUCCUCGGCUAGAACUGAGUCCCUCGACCCACAGAGCCUCCCCCACGCACCCCGUCACCCCCCCAGUUUCCAGUGGAACAGAGUCCGUCUUCGCCCCGCCCCCACUAGCAGCGACCGAAGAGGAUCCGUCUUACCUCCUCCCCUGCGUCGGCAACGGAGACCGCUGCAGUCCCCCCACCUGGCAAGCCCUGUCCCCUCCACCAGCCCUCCGGGGCCACCCGUCUCCCCCUGCUUGCUUGCACCGUUGCCAUCCCUCCCUGUGCCUGGCCAGAGGUCAGGAGGGCACAGCCCCCCCUCGCCCCCCUGGAAGGUGAACCGGCCAGGUUGGUGGUUGGAUCCACCCAUGUUCUCACAGGGCCCCUCCUGCACUCAACACAAGCCCAGGGAGGCUCCUCAGCCCCUCUUGGCUUUGCUAUCCCCCCUCCCCGUGCCCUACAGGAGAGACC